AACAGGUAUUACUGGAAUUGAAUUAAAUAUAUAUUAUGCAGCUCCAGGAGUUCGUUACAUAACACAAAGCGGAGCAUAUAGUCAUUUCAUUUCCAACUGUACAUUAACCUUCACCUGUUCUCUAACCCUAAAUAUUAUGGCUUCCAAACAAUUCUUUAAAACGUUAAGACUUAUCCCACAAAAAUAUUCUAAUGAUACUCGUGGUUUACAUAGUUGUUCAUAUCGCUACGUUGUAAACAGUAAUUAUCAGCAGUGCACAUUUUUGACAGCACGUCAAUCCAAGUCGAAAAUAGUAUCUGCUCUUCAUCCAAGUAAAGCCUAUUAUGGAACUCAACCAAGCAGUAGUAAAAUCACGAGAGGUCCAUACUCUCGCCUUGAAGCGGUUGACAUUGCCGUGUUUACCGGGAUAUUGGGCAAGGCUCGUGUAAUCAAUGGGGCUGAGGAUGAUCUGGAUGGAUUUAAUGUGGAUUGGCUAAAAUCUGUGAGGGGGAACGCUCAAAUCGUUCUAAAGCCAAAUACAACAGAAGAAGUAAGUCAAAUCAUGCAACAUUGCCAUUCCCGAAAUCUCGCAGUUGUUCCACAAGGAGGUAACACCGGGUUGAACGGGGGAUGCAUCGCUAUUUUCGAUGAAGUUGUGAUAUCUACUUCUCUAAUGAAUCAAGUUAUCAAUUUGGACGAAUUGACCGGAGUUUUAACCUGUCAGUCAGGCUGUGUCCUAUACACUCUCGACGAACAUGUGAAAGAACGCGGAUUCGUCAUGCCCUUGGAUCUGGGUGCAAAAGAAAGUUGUCAAAUCGGAGGAAAUCUGAGUACAAAUGCAGGAGGGCUUAGAGUUCUGAGAUAUGGCAGUCUUCACGCCACUGUGCUAGGCAUUGAAGCAGUGUUAGCCGACGGUACAAUUUUAGACUGCAUGAGCACCAUGAAGAAGGACAACACUGGAUACGACUUGAAACAUUUGUUCAUCGGGUCGGAAGGAACAUUGGGAAUUUUGACCAAAGUAGCAAUUCAAUGUCCUAUCAAGCCUAAUUCAAUAAAUCUGGCCUUUCUCGGUCUCGACAGCUACUCCAAAGUUCUCGAAACCUAUCAAAAGGCACGCAACGACCUCGGAGAGAUUCUAUCCGCUUGUGAAUACAUUGAUAAUGAGACGAUGAAAUGUGCCGAGGAAAAUAUGAACCUCAAAGCCCCCAUCAGCUCUUAUCCUUACUACAUGAUGAUCGAGACUGCCGGAUCAAAUGCGGUUCAUGAUGAAGACAAAUUAAACUCUUUUCUCGAGGACUCCAUGAAAUUAAAUCUCGUUACGGAUGGAACCGUUGCCUCUGAGCCGAGUCACAUGAAGGCGAUCUGGAGCACUCGGGAAAAACUGGCGGAUGCCAUGCUCAAGGAUGGCUACUUUCUCAUCUUUGAUUUCUCCGUACCGUUAGAAAUAUUUGAAAAGUUUGUACAAGAUACGAGAGCUUAUCUGGGGGCGAGUGUCAAGCGAGUGACAGGCUUUGGACAUCUGGGCGACGGAAAUAUCCACUUGAACAUCACAAUGGAAAAAUUCAACCCUGACGUACUCGCCAAAGUUGAACCAUUUGUGUACCAAUGGGUCGCCAACCAUAAAGGCAGCAUAAGUGCGGAACAUGGCAUUGGCUCGAAAAAGCGGCAUUUGAUACAUCACUCCAAGUCGGGAGAAUCAAUAAAAAUUAUGAAACAGAUUAAAAAGUUACUUGAUCCCAAGAAUAUUAUGAAUCCGUACAAAGUUUUACCGGAAUAAGAACUUGCACUUGACGAAAUGAAAUAAAUUAUGUAAUCCAACCACCCUUAA